UCUCGGCCGCCGCCGCGCCGCGCUCGCACCGCGCAGGCGCCGCCGCACGCGGAUAAAACUCCGCCCCUUCCCGCGGCGAAGCCCCGCCCCCCCGCGCGGCAGGCCCCGCCCCCCGCGCCCCGCCCCGCCCGCCCGCCGCCGCCAUGAGCGGGUGGGCGCCCUACGUGGAGACGCUGCUGGCGGACGGCACCUGCCAGGACGCCGCGAUCGUCGGGUACCGCGACACCCCCGCCGUCUGGGCCGCCGCCCCCGGCAAGACCUUCGCCAACAUCACGCCGGCGGAGGUGGCGGCGCUGGUGGGCCCCGAGCGGGGGCCGCUGCUGGUGCAGGGGCUGACACUGGGGGGGCUGCGCUGCUCCGUCAUCCGGGACUCGCUGCUGGUGGAGGGCGAGCACAGCAUGGACCUGCGCACCAAGGGGGCUGCCGGGGCACCCACCUUCAACAUCACGGCCGCCAUCACCAACAAGACCAUCGUGCUGGCCAUGGGCAAGGAGGGCGUCCACGGCGGCUGCGUCAACAAGAAAUGCUACGAGAUGGCCAAUCACCUGCGGCGCAGCCAGUACUGAGGGGGCUGUGGGGGACCCCCGGGGCCACCCGGGGGCCCCCUGGACCCCCAGGGACCAGCAGGAGCCGCCAGGGACCAGCAGGACCCCGUCCCCCACCCCCCUCUCACCUCCCCAGUCCCCGCUGCCGGCAGCAAUAAAGUGCCCUUGUGGGGAGUCA